ACUAAAGUACGAAUAUGUACAAAUUGUAUUUACGUAAAUAGGCUAACGUCACUUGAGUGAAUGCCUCUCCAGCAGCAGUCCACAAGAGAUGACCUCCACCAGAGCCAUGUUUUCUCUAUCACUCUGACCUCCACUCUCCACUACUGUCACUCUUGCAUGACCGCUUUAGGUAUCAAAGGAAUUUUCUAGGCAUUCAAAUGUGGGCCUAAGCGUAAAUAUCAUCCACUCACGCUUUACAUGUAUUUUAGCAGCUGUAUGUUAACUGACAGUUGAUCAGGCUUUGUUUGAAUGAGUCACCAUUGUGCUCACUAUAAAAGACUCAACUGGUGAGGACUGGUUCCCCAGUGAUGCAUGAAGGUCCACUAGCUGCGUUGCCUGUUCAGCAGCAGCCUACCAGGCAUAUUCAGCCCCAGGCUGUGGGGUGUACCUUUGGGUGACCUGCAAGGUCAAGUUCCCCUCUUGACUCAAAGCUCCAGCAGCAAAUUAAGAACCAUGUCUGAACCUGUUCCUCUGCUACACUGUGCUCGGGGUCCCGUGGCCAGUCACGCUCAACGAUGGAAGGAGCUGAAGGUAGACAUCAGCUCCCCCUGUAAUACAACUAAGCCUGACUUAAAGCAGAAUGGACAAUGUGAAUGCGGCCAGAGUUCAGACAUGACUCCUGGAACCGGUUGGGACAUGGAUAAGAGUAGUUGCAACCAUCUGCCAGCAUCUGUGAAUGCAUCAGAGAACGGUUCAUUGGAUCUGCUAAGAAUAGUAAAGCACAAGCCAAGUACCAUUGUGUUCAGUGAUAAUGAUUGUAGCGCUGACAACCAGGAUAUGUCUGAUGCUGGAGAGUCCUCUUCAUCCAUCACCGAGGGAGAGGGUGGUGAAAACAAUGAUGAUGAGGAUGAUUUUCCCGAGAAGUCACAAUAUAAGGAAUUCCUGGUCAGUCGUCACCGUAGAAAUUUGAGCAGGAACAGGAAGUACUUGAGGAAGAGACAGGAUCCCCAGCCUAAUAGCGCUGCAUCUGGGUGGCAAAAGCCCACCAACAAGGGAAAACCUGAGUUCGCAGGUAGCCAGAAGGAAGAGGAAACUCCACCGAACAAUGGAAAACAGGUUGCUGCUUGUGAAUCCAUGACCCUGCUGAUGAAAAAGUUGGAUCACCUCAAUGAGCCGAUCCAGGAAGGCCAAAGCGUUGAUUCCUCCCACUCAGACGUGGCCAAUGCUGACGAGGAGCAGCAGAGCACCAUGGGUGAUCCAGCUGUGGGCAGGACGGCAAGUAGAGUGCCGAGUCAGGAUCAGGGAACCUCCAGAGCUUCAGACAAACCUGAGCCACUGACCAGGCGACGCUCGCAACCUCUAACCCGCAGCAGACCGCUGACCCGCAGCAGACCGCUGACCCGCUCAUCUCUCUCGUCCCCUACACAUCUCCAUGCUCGAAGGGCCAGGGCUGCUGCAGGGAUGACCAGUGAAUCAGCAGUCUCCACCACCCGGUCCGAUUGUAUUUCCAUACUGGUGCUACAAGACACUUCAUCCUUCAUCCUUUCCUAAAAAAGCAAAUGAAAAAGCUGUAUGACUUUUCAACAAUGCUGCAUUCUAAUUAGCUGGCUGGUAUUUUUAAUUUAAAGGUCACUUUUG